AUGACCUAUGUAUGUCAGGCAGGUGCAAUCACGACCACUUCAGAAAUUAAAGAUGUUACGAAAAUGGAACGAAUAGGUGCUCAUUCGCACAUUCGGGGUCUUGGUCUUGACGAUUCAUUGGAACCUCGACAAGUUGCACAAGGCAUGGUGGGCCAAAUUAAAGCCCGAAAAGCAGCAGGAGUGAUUCUGCAAAUGAUUAAGGAGGGUAAAAUUGCAGGCCGGGCUAUUCUCAUGGCUGGCCCACCAGGGACUGGUAAAACUGCUAUCGCAAUGGGAAUGGCACAAGCGUUGGGCAAAGAUAUACCUUUUACAAUGCUUGCUGCUUCUGAAAUUUUUUCCCUUGAAAUGUCAAAGACUGAGGCGCUCACACAAGCUUUUAGACGUUCAAUCGGAGUACGUAUAAAAGAGGAAGCUGAAAUAAUUGAAGGCGAAGUCGUUGAAAUCCAAAUCGAUCGAUCAAUCACAGGGGGUAAUAAAACUGGGAAGAUAACUCUUAAGACAACAGACAUGGAAACAAUAUUUGAAUUGGGACAUAAAAUGAUAGAUGUAUUAAACAAAGAAAAGGUUUUGGCUGGUGACGUUAUCACUAUCGAUAAAUCAUCGGGAAAGAUCUCUAAAUUGGGUAGAUCGUUUACUCGAGCUAGGGACUAUGAUGCAAUGGGUGCUGAUACUAGAUUUGUUCAAUGCCCCGAAGGCGAAUUGCAAAAACGUAAAGAAGUGGUUCACACAGUAUCACUGCAUGAGAUCGAUGUGAUAAAUAGUCGAACACAGGGAUUUUUAGCUUUGUUCUCUGGUGAUACUGGCGAGAUUAAGCCUGAGGUUCGAGACCAAAUAAAUACGAAAGUUACCGAAUGGAGAGAAGAAGGAAAGGCCGAAAUUAUUCCCGGUGUACUUUUUAUUGAUGAGGUUCAUAUGCUUGAUAUUGAAUGUUUUUCAUAUCUGAAUCGUGCGUUAGAGGAUGAAAGAGCGCCGGUCGUCAUUAUGGCAUCCAAUCGCGGUAUUACAAGAAUUCGAGGUACUAAGUAUAAGAGCCCACAUGGGAUUCCAAUUGAUUUGUUAGAUCGAUUAUUGAUCAUUAGUACAAUACCAUAUGAUGACAAUUCGAUCAAACAAAUUCUAACCAUUAGAUGUCAAGAAGAAGAUGUAACAAUGACUGAGGAAGCACGUGAUAUAUUAACAAAAAUAGGAAUGGAGACCUCGUUAAGAUACGCAAUACACUUGAUUACGGCUGCUCAUCUUGUAGCUAAAAAAAGAAAGGCGAGUAGUGUCGAUGUUGUUGACAUAAGACGCGUUUAUAGAUUGUUCUUGGAUGAAAAAAGAUCUGUUAAUUACUUGAGAGAAUUUCAAGAACAAUACAUGUUUAAUGAAAUUCCUGUUGAAAUGGAAGGCGUAGAAAACACUAUAGUUACAGAAAAUACUGAUGCGAUGGAAACUUAG